AUGGUGAUUAGCAGUUCUCGAGGAUAUCCACUCAUGUUCCGAAACGUGGUAUAUACGCAGUCAAGAUAUCUCAGAGAGGUACGCUCUGGGUUGCAGAAAGGUCAUUUACUCAGGAUGAGGGUUCGUAAUUUUGGAAUAGACAGAAAACCCGGGCCUCCUCCAUUAUCCAAGGAUGAACAGGAAGAGUUUGAGAGAUUACAAAGGUAUGCUAAUUCAGUGGCCGCAAUCAACGAGUACAACGAACAAUUAGAAGGUGAUAAUUUAAAAGAAUCAGCUAAGUCACCUAUAUUGCAGAAACAAGUCAAGGAGUUUUCUCCAGAAUUUAGUAAAACGAUACCAGAAUUUGAAGGGGAUGUAAAUCCAAAGACAGGGGAAAUUGGAGGCCCAAAACAGGAUCCGCUGAGACAUGGUGACUACUCUUAUAACGGCAGAGUUACCGAUUUUUAG